AUGGAGGGAGAUUUUGAGGAAUUGGAUGUCAAAAAUGGGGAAGUAACAUGGGAAAGAACAAGAUGUGGAGCUGUAAUUCAAGUUGUUGGUUAUGUUGUGUAUGCAAUGUGUCUUAUCAAGUCAUAUUAUCUAAGUAGGAGUUUGGAAAGAUUGACACGAAAUCGUAGUUUAGAAGCCUACAUGGUCAGAGAGAGUAGACGUCAUGAACUUAUGAAUGAUUUGAAAGUCACUCGAAUUAGUCGACAAUUGAUUCGUAUGAGCCCCGAGACUUUUGUUAAGUUAUGUAAAAUUUUAAGGGAUGGGAAGUAUCUAAAGGAUACAAGACGGGCUUCGGUGGAGGAACAAGUGGCAAAAUCUUUGUAUAUUCUUGGUCAUAAUGCAAGAAAUUGCUCGUUAAGUGCAUUUUUUAUGCGUUCUGGUGAAACGGUGAGCCGACAUUUCCAUAGAUUUCUAAAUGCUAUAAUUAAGAUGGAAGAUCAAUUUCCAAAGCAACCUAAUGGAUCAGAGGAAGUUUCACCAGAAGUUCUUGGUGAUAGUCGAUUUUUCCCUUAUUUCAAGGAUUGCAUUGGUGCUCUUGAUGGAACUCAUAUUCGUGUGAAAGUUGCCGGUGCCAAUGCUCGUAGGUUUCGAGGGAGGAAAGGUUAUCCGUCACAAAAUGUGUUGGCGGCUUGUACUUUUGACCUCAAAUUCACUUAUGUUUUAGUAGGUUGGGAGGGUUCAGCUUCUGACUCUAGAGUAUUUAAGAAUGCUCUAAGUAGGGAAGAUAAGUUAAUUAUUCCUCAAGGUAAGUAUUAUCUUGGAGAUGCUGGCUAUAUGUUAAAGACUUCUCUUAUUACACCUUAUAGAGGUGUAAGAUAUCAUCUUAAGGAAUACUCAAAUCGGAGUCCUGAGAAUGCCAAAGAAAUAUUCAACCAUCGUUAUGCCUCCUUACGAAAUGCAAUUGAGAGAGCCUUUGGAGUUUUAAAAAAACGUUUUGGAAUUAUAGGUGGAACUAAUGAGCCUCAAUAUUCUCUUAAAACCCAAACUGAUAUUAUUGUAGUAUGUUGCAUACUUCACAAUUUUCUCAUGGGAUUUGAUCCGGAUCAAAGCCUUAUUGAUGAAGUGGAUCGUUAA